AUGUUGGAUGUUGAAGCCCAGAUGCCCCCUUCGGGCGAAUGGAAAACGCCCCCCUUCGAACCGCGCUUCCCUAACCAGAACCAGACGCGUAACUGCUACCAGAAUUUUCUGGACUAUCACCGGUGCGUGAAGACCAUGAACCGCCGCGGGAAAAACACACAGCCCUGCGAGUACUAUUUCCGCGUGUUCCAUUCACUGUGUCCCGUCAGCUGGGUGCAGCGCUGGAAUGAGCAGAUCAAGCAGGGGACUUUCCCGGGCAAAAUCUGA